CAGUAAAACAUGGUUUUUACUAGACACAUUAUUCAGCAGAUUCGAGUGCCGCCGGAUUAAAUUUACGGACAAAAUUACCCGUUCAUUGUCAGUUGUAGUCAGAGUAUGCAUGUGCGCUAUGCUCGCGUGCCAAGAAAUUGUGCAAAGACAGCAAACUGCUUUCACUGUUUUCUUACUUAAGUUGUGAGACGAUAGUUCUUCUUUUGUAUUUCCACAUAUGCACAAUUGUAGAGGAUUUGACAAGAUUGUCUAAUUUCAUCGGUAGAUUAUUAUUUUGUGAGCGUGCAUGCUGUGGUGUUUAUGCGAUAUGAAUACUCUGUUUACGCAGUUGCAAGAGUAUCCUUCUGUGCACACUAUAUGGCGGUACUUUUAAUGAUCCAGUUUCUCAGGAGUGCACGCAACAUUAUACGUAUCCCGCUGGUAUUCUUUCCCGGGUUGACGCCGUCGGUGAUCUACUAAUCCGUGAAUUCAUAUAUGCGCGAUGUGGAUGUUUUGGUCCGCCAGCUGAAAGAAAGUUAAUUCAUUGAUUUUGCUUCGUGGUACGAUCGAUUGCAGCAGUCUACGGAUCAGUGUCGCUACAUUUAUGCUGCGAUAUCACUUGACAUGCACAAUGUUAUUUUAUAUUAUCUGAUAUCGUUAUAACUGCAGUUAAUUGCUUUAAUCAAUCGACAUUAUCUUUUUGCCUGAUAUCAGCAACUAAUUCUUGUAUAUACGCAAAUCAGCAAAAGCAUAACAGUCAAAAAUGGCAAAAUCCGGUGGAUUUAUUGCCAAGCUGCACAGGCAUUUCCAUAGUUCUGAUGCGCCGGAUGCGGAGGAGAAACGCAAAACUUCUAUUCAAAAUGCACCGCUCCCGGAAUUGCGAGGACAGACGGAGAUUCUCACGGAGUUAAUUCGCAAAACCUUAAUCCCAGAAUUACCAUCCCGCGCAAGGUUUUAUCCCUGGACACUGGUCUACAAUACGGCCAUUCACGGAUUCAGUCUGAAAACCCUGUACAGGAAAAUGCUAAAAAUCGAAUCUCCCACGCUGUUAAUUGUGAGAGAUGUACAGGAUCAUACAUUUGGAGCUAUUGUUUCCUGUGCAUUAAAGGUGGCCGAGCAUUUCUACGGGACCGGCGAAAGCGCACUGUUCUCCUUUACACCGGAGUUUAGAAUAUACAACUGGUGUUCGAAUUCGUUUAUCGUACGCGGUUUAACGGAGAGCAUCGCUAUAGGAUCUGGAGGGGGAACAUUCGGUUUAUGGCUGGACAGCGAUCUCAACCGUGGAAGAACACAGACCUGUGAAACAUUUGAAAAUGAUCCUUUAUGCUCGUGUGGUGAUUUCAUUAUCAAGAAUCUUGAAGCGUGGUGUUUUCUUGGUUGAUGAACGGCUUCUGUGAUGAGUUUUAUAAUCAGUUCAAGAGCGGUUUUGUAAGAAAGAUCUUUCUGUCCUUUAAUCAUUUGUUUGUUAUUAUUUAAUUUGCAAACACUGAAAAAUAAAAUAUGUGGACGA